AUGACAGAAGCCAGCCUGAGGGUCUGGCUACUCUGUGUCCUGUUCCUGCACUUGGCCCUGGGAGAGCUGUAUACACCUAGACAUGAGGCUGGCUACUGCUCCUUUUAUGAUGAGUGUGGGAAAAACCCAGAACUACAAAUUAAUGCCCAAGUGUCCUGCCUGUCCAACACACCUGCCCGCCACAUCACAGGUGAACACCUGAAGAAGUUGCAGCAACUCUGCCCCAGACUCAGCAAGGGCCCCAAUAACACCUAUGCCUGCUGCUCCCUCGAGCAGCUGAACUCCCUAGAGAAGAGCAUAAGAACCUUCAAAACCCUUACUGACCGCUGCCCUGUCUGCUCAGCAAACUUUGUGAACUUGCACUGCCAAAACACUUGCAGCCCCAACCAGAGCCUCUUCAUCAAUGUGACCCGGGUGACUGAAAAUAAGACCCACCCAGCCGUGUUGGCCUACGAGGCCUUCUACCAGCGGACGUUUGCAGAGAAGACCUAUAACUCUUGCAGCCAGGUGCAGUUUCCCUCAACGGCCUCCACAGUGGUGGGCAUCAUGUGCGGUGUUUACGGCUCGGUCUUCUGCAAUGCUCAGCGCUGGCUGGACUACCAGGGGAACACAGAUAACAACUUUGCACCCCUGGAUAUCACCUUCCAUCUAUUGGAGUCCAGCCAGAGCCCAGGAGGUGGGGUACAGCCUCUGGGUGGUGAGGUUCCACCCUGCAACGUGCCCCUAGGGGAGAACGAGCAAGCCUGCAGCUGCCUGGAUUGUGCUAGUUCCUGCCCUGUCAUCAACCACCCAUCUGCCCUGGAUGCCACUUUCCGCCUGGGCAGCAUGGCAGGUGGGCUAGUCCUUAUCAUCAUCCUCUGCUUAGGCUUUGCUGUACUUACCAUCUUCCUUGUGUGGUCCCGCCUGGCCUCCAAAAGUGGCAUGGAUGGGACACCAGACCCCAAGGCAGCCACGAGCUUCUCGGACAAGCUCAGCCUCUCCACCCACACGCUUCUUGGCAAGUUCUUCCAGAGAUGGGGCACAUGGGUGGCCUCAUGGCCAGUGACUGUCCUGGUGGUGUCCUUUGCUGUGGUGGUGUCCUUAGCAGGAGGCCUAGCAUUUAUGAAGCUGACCACUGACCCUGUGGAACUGUGGUCAGCCCCCAACAGCCAAGCUCGGCAGGAGAAGGAGUUCCAUGAUAAGCAUUUUGGCCCCUUCUUCCGAACCAAUCAGGUGAUCUUGACAGCUCCUGGUCGGACCACCUACACGUAUGACUCUCUUCAGCUGGGGCCCAAGAACUUCACUGGGAUCCUGGCCACUGACCUGCUCGUGGAGCUGCUGGAACUGCAGGAGAGGCUGCGGCUCCUCGAGGUGUGGUCACCAGCUGACAAGCGCAACAUCUCCCUGAAGGACAUUUGCUAUGCCCCCCUCAACCCAGACAACCCCAGUCUGUCUGACUGCUGCAUCAACAGCCUCUUGCAGUAUUUCCAGAGCAGUCAUGCACACCUGUUGCACACCGCCAACCAGACAGUCAACGGGAAGACCUACCACUUGGACUGGAGGGAUCAUUUUCUCUACUGUGCCAAUGCCCCAGCCUCUUACACAGAUAGCACAAAUCUGAGACUGAGCUGCAUGGCUGACUAUGGAGCCCCUGUCUUCCCUUUCCUUGCCGUGGGGGGUUACCAAGGGAACAACUAUUCUGAGGCGGAGGCCCUGAUCAUGACCUUCUCCCUCAACAAUUACCCUCCUGGGGACCAGCGGCUGGCCCAGGCUAAGCUCUGGGAGGAGGGCUUCUUGAAGGAGAUGAGAGCCUUCCGGAGUCGGACAGCUGGCAAGUUCCAGGUCACAUUCAUGGCAGAGCGUUCCCUGGAGGAUGAGAUCAACAGCACCACUGCCCAGGAUCUGCCCAUCUUUGCGAUCAGCUACAUUGUCAUCUUCCUGUACAUCUCCUUGGCUCUGGGCAGCUACUCCAGUUGGAACCGAGUGCUGGUGGACUCCAAAGUCACUCUCGGCCUCGGUGGAGUGGUCGUGGUACUGGGAUCGGUCAUGGCUGCCAUGGGCUUCUUCUCCUACCUGGGCAUCCCCUCCUCCCUAGUGAUCCUUCAAGUGGUGCCUUUCCUGGUGCUUGCUGUGGGUGCAGACAACAUCUUCAUCUUUGUUCUUGAGUACCAGCGGCUCCCUCGGGAGCCUGAGGAGCAGCGGGAGGCCCACAUUGGCCGAGCUCUGGGCAGAGUGGCCCCCAGCAUGCUGUUGUGUAGCCUCUCUGAAGCCAUCUGUUUCUUUCUAGGGGCCCUGACUCCCAUGCCUGCUGUGAGAACCUUCGCCCUGACUUCUGGCUUCGCGGUGCUUCUUGACUUCCUGCUGCAGAUGACGGCUUUUGUGGCCUUGCUUUCCUUGGAUAGCAAGAGGCAGGAGGCUUCCCGAAUGGAUGUCUGCUGUUGUGUGAGAAGCCAGAAGCUCACGGCCCCUGGCCAAAGCGAGGGAUUCCUGCUCAGGUUCUUCCGCAAGUUCUACACCCCAAUCCUGCUGCACAAGGUCACCCGUGGGGUGGUGGUGCUGGUGUUUGUAGCCCUGUUUGGAAUGAGUCUCUACUUCAUGUGCAACAUCAACGUGGGUCUGAACCAGGAACUAGCGCUGCCCAAGGACUCUUACCUGAUCAACUAUUUCCAGUUUCUGAAUCGCUACUUUGAGAUUGGGGCUCCUGUAUAUUUUGUCACUACCGGGGGCUACAACUUUUCCAGCACAGAGGGUUUGAACGCUAUCUGCUCCAGUGCUGGCUGUGACAAUUUCUCCUUAACUCAGAAGAUUCAUUAUGCCUCCAAGUUCCCUGAAAUAUCUUACUUGGCCAUCCCUGCCUCCUCCUGGGUGGAUGAUUUCAUUGACUGGCUGCGCUGGCCCUGCUGCAGCCUUAAUGCCACUGGCCAUUUCUGCCCCUCAACUGUCAACACAAUUUGCUUGAGACACUGCGUGAGCAACAAAGAAAUCAUCCGUCCAACCGUGGAGGAGUUCUAUAAGUACCUUCCCUUGUUCCUAAAAGACCUGCCCAAUAUCAAGUGUUCCAAAGGUGGUCUGGGAGCAUACAGCACCUCCGUGGUCUUGGGUUCCAACCGCUCAGUUUUAGCUUCGAGGUUCAUGGCCUACCACACGCCUCUGAGGAACUCCCAGGAUUUCACGGAAGCUCUGCGGGCAUCUCGGGCACUGGCAGCCAACAUAACUGCUGACCUCCGGAAGGUGCCAGGCACCAGCCCGGACUUUGAGGUCUUCCCCUACACGAUCAGCAACGUGUUUUAUGAGCAGUACCUGACCAUCAUCCCUGAGGGGCUUUUCAUGCUGAGUAUCUGCCUCUUGCCCACAUUUGCCGUCUGCUGCCUGCUGCUGGGCAUGGACCUUCGCUCCGGGCUCCUCAACCUGUUCACCAUCAUCAUGAUCCUUGUGGACACCGUGGGCUUCAUGGUUUUGUGGGAUAUCAGCUACAAUGCUGUGUCCCUCAUCAACCUGGUCAUGGCAGUGGGCAUUUCUGUGGAGUUUGUGUCUCAUAUCACCCGCUCCUUUGCUAUCAGCACCAAACCCACCCGGCUGGAGAGGGCCAAGGAGGCCACCAUUUCCAUGGGCAGUGCGGUAUUUGCUGGAGUGGCCAUGACCAACCUGCCUGGCAUCCUUAUCCUGGGUCUGGCCAAGGCCCAGCUCAUUCAGAUUUUCUUCUUCCGCCUCAACCUCCUCAUCACACUGCUGGGCCUGCUGCAUGGGCUGGUCUUCCUGCCAGUCAUCCUCAGCUACUUAGGGCCUGAUGUCAAUGCAGCUCUGGUGCGGGAACAGAAGAAAGCAGAAGAGACAGCUGUCACUACGACAGCUCCCUGCCCAAAGCACCCCUCCCCAACGGGCACGGCCAGCUGCAUCUCUGAGAACACUUACAACAAUCACAGUUUUGAACAGCCUGUUGACAGUGGGCAGAAGUUCUGA